GACUCCUAUAUAUAAGCCCCGCCACUGAUCUAUACAACUCUCCCCCAGCUCUCAUUGUCUAAGGAAUGGGAGGCAUCGGCAGCGAUACGAGAUCGUGUCCUCUCCCGCCGGGCUGCCGGUUCUACCCCUCGGAUGAACAGAUCCUCUGCUACUACCUCUCCGAGAAGAACGGCCGCAAUCGCAGCGAUGGCAUUAACGUAAUUAAGGAGAUCAACCUGUACAAUUUCGACCCUUUCGACUUACCGGACUCUUCCUGCUUCCGGUUCGGACGCGGCGGGAUACGGCGGCACUGGUUCUGCUUCGUGGCUAGGGUUUUGAAGGACAGAAGAACCAGGCGGGCUGGGGGCGGGUAUUGGAAGAGGAAAGGGAGGAUUAGGGCUGUACUUGAUAAGGAUGCAGGGAAAGUUGUGCUUGGGAUGCGCAAAUGUUUCGUUUUUUAUUUGGGGGAAUCUCUUAAGGGUGCUUUGAGGACUGAUUGGUUUAUGUAUGAAUACGCCCUGCCUAGUGCGGCUGCUUUUGUCUUGUGCCGGAUUUUUGUGAAAUCACCUCAUGGAAUUAAUGGGUCAGAAAAUGUGUUGAGUUCCUGUGCUGAAGAAAGUUUUGCAACAGUUCGUCACAUUGGUAUUCAAUUUAAUGGAAUAACGAAUUCAGCUACUGAAGAAACACUGCAGGAUGGGAAGAAAGAGACUUUGAAUUCCCCGGUGGAAACAGUCAGCAAGUUUGAGAAUCCUGUUAGUGAACCUUAUGAUGACUGGAUGAGAUCAACUUGUCAUUUUAGUAGUGGUGCUACGUAUUUUGAAGCCUUAUCGCCAAAUGAAGUAUUAGGCAAUCUGGAAGGAGAUUUUCUGGAGUUGAAUGACCUUCUUUGCCCGCUUUCGGGCAUUGACUAAUUCUGAUACAAGGAUUUUUAAGAGGCACAAUUGGGUGCCAGGAUCUUUCCCGUUUAAGAGAGAGAUGGAUCAUCGCUAAUUAGUGAUAUAAAAGAAAUCAAUGUUCACUACUGGGCUUACUUCAGGUACGAGUGAUUCAGAUAUACAGAAGACUGGUACAAUUCCAAAGAAUAGUUGGGAUGCAUGCUGUCAUGUACUUUAUAAAAUUAAGGUUUUAUAAGAUAUAUUGGUGGGCAAAAGCCUGGAGACAUGAAGUGUUGUCUGUCCUCUCGUGACAAUUGUGAGAUGGCAUAAAUCAUCUGGCUUACGAGGUUCUUUGAUUGAUGAAGAAAAAGAAUACUCAAUUCGUAAUUAUGCCAUUCAUAGGGAUGGCUUUGGGAGGUAACACGGUACGUGUCGUGAAUUAUAUGUAUCAAAAUCAAAUGCUGCUCCACCUUGCCAAUCCAUUGGUCAUUCUCUUGAAGGUGGAGUCGACUACUCAUUAAGCUGAUCCCGCUUAAUCUUGAAAAAUCAAUUAUCUCCAUUACCUGAGAUUUUGCAGGCAUCUGUUUUUCUGUUGUAUUCUCUAGUCGAUCGUCAAACAUACUUGUUUGAGGGAGAUGAAACUCAGGUUAAUUUACUGCUUAGGAGUUGAAAUUUGUGUGAACCUGUCAGCUUCUGUUGGUCCAUAAAUGUCACUCUCUAUGCUUUAUUAUUGCAGCAUUUGUUGG